GCACUCGAAUGCGUCUCAGCCAAUCGCAGCGUUCAGGACAGACAUCUGACUAUUUUUGUUCGUGUAAAAUGUAGUUUAAAUUAAUAAUUGGCCUCUAAAUAAGCUGGAAAUCUGGAAAAGCAUGCAGGGCUGGUUUGCAGACUGAGGGCCGGUGAAUGGAGGUCACCGCAGACAUUGAGUGAGUCUCAGCGGUGAGACAGAGAGGGGAGAGGGAGGACGGACAGCGGCCAGCCGCCUUCAAAAAUGGCGUCUCCGGAGGAAAAUGAGUAAAAAAUAUUAAAUCGCGGCCUGUAUUCUUUACAUUUCCUCGGUCGGUAUUUAUGUUUUAUCGCAGUGUUUUAUUUGUAUCCUGUGCAGGAAAACUCGUCGUCUCUUUUACUUGAACGGCCAAAGAAAGCAGAAAUCAGAGGAGCGAGCAUUUGGGGGAAAUAAAGGCAGCCCUGUUGUAUUUUGAUGCGUCGUUAGUGACAGCUAGCAUCUGCUGCUAGCCCCACAGCUCUGCUCCGGAGGGGGGGUGGGAACGAUUUGCAUUCAAAGGAAAAAAGGGAUUUUGAAAUUGGGGAUUUCUUUUGCUCGUCUGUGGGGAGUGAUUGCUACCAACGUGGCCCCGUCGAUUGCAAUCCUUUUUUUUUUUUCUGCUUCUGGUUGCUAGCAUCGUAGCAAGGACUAGCCUAAAGAAAGGGGAGGAGAGACGGUGAAAAGGACGCAUUCAAAUCAAAUGUUUAUCAGCAAUUCGUCCACCACCGGCCAAAUCCGCGGCAUCUUCAUCAUGACCAUGACUGAUUUUGGACUAAAUCUGCAUUCGUGGAAAUGAUAAAUGUGAAAGGCGUAGGAAAAGGAGAAAGACUGGCUUUUUUUGGAGGUGGUUGGAUUAUAACCCCGUAGACCCCCCUCUUUUUUCAUCCAGCUUUCUCCUCCUCCCCUCCAUUUCUCUUUCAAUAUGCUGUUUUCCACUCCUGAGGACUUGCUUAUGAAACCGGGGAAAAUAGCCUGAAACCGAGAACGGGGAAAGACUGGAUUUUUUUCCGUAAUCUGCGUUGCGACGUUCUCGUUGCUUUCGUCCUCAUCGCACACAUUGUACACCAGAUAAAUGGAUAGAAAUUACCCGGGAACAGGAUUUGGUGAUUUGGGCGCAGGAGCAGGAUGGAGUUACGAGAGAUCGGCUAAAGCAAGUCUUGUGUAUGGGAGCUCCAGAUCAUCCCACCCUGAGUCUGAGCUCCUUCACCGACAAGCCUACGCCACCCCACACCCUCUGCAGGGCUAUGCCACCAAUCACCACCCAGGGAGCGCUGGCCAAGGCGGGGCUUGGGGAGCAGCUGGACGGAGUUUGGGUCUGUCGGGGCUCUUUGACACUGGCCUCCACCAUGCCAGCCCCUCUGCCCCCGAUGCCUCCGUCAUGAAUCUGAUCUCAGCCCUAGAGUCUCGGGGUCCCCAGCCUCCGCCCUCCGCCUCCUCCCUUCUUUCCCAGUUCCGCACGCCAUCCUGGCAGACAGCGAUGCACACACCUGCUCCUCCUGAACUAUUCAUCUCUGGAGCCCUUCCUGGCUCCGGCUCUUUCCCCUCCUCCUCAGCUCUCUCAGCCUAUCAGCAUCCAGCAUCCUUCUCCAGCCGCCCCUUCCCUACAGCUUCCCUUUCCCUCCAGGACACGCCCACAUUUAGUCCCACAUCCAAUGGCCUGCUCUCCCCACACGACCCCUUACUACACAUCAAGGCCCCUUCCCAGUCUAGCCUGGGUUUUGAUAGACUCCUGUCCUCGCAGGGUGCUGCAGCAGCCGCCUAUAGGGGCAGUCAGGAUCCCACGAGUGCCACAUCAGCCCAGGCGUCCUCUGCCAGGCACCUGCAGUCACACCAGUUCAACCUGCUGUCAUCACAGCUCCAGGACCAGUCGUCCCAGCUGUACAAUUCAUCAGUCUUUUCCUCAGCGCAGUCCCAGCCUCAGUCCCAGUCCAAUUCGGCUCAGGAACGGGCUGUUCCCCGGCAGGACAGCGUUAUCAAGCACUACCAGCGGCCCACGCCAGCUCAGUCACAGCUCUCAUCCUCUGCUGCCCACUCCCUUCAGCACUACCUCAGCUGUGGGGGGGCGGGGUACCAGCAGAUUGCCACCCACCACAGGCACGCUGGCCUUUCCUGCAGCCCACUGGGCGACCAGAGCCCCUCAUCUGACCUCAAGCCCCCCUCUCGCACUGAGCAGUAUCGGCCAAUCAUCCAGCCUCCCUAUUCUUCCUCCUCCCCCUCCUCGUCUUCUUCCUCCGCUGGGAAAGGUACCAAAAGCAGCUCCAGCAGUGGCUAUUCUUCUGCCAGUUCAGCAUCAUCCUCAAGAACUCCCCACACACCCCCUUCUGCUUCCUCUACCUCCUCAUCCUCCUCCUCUUCUUCUGCCACCUCUGGGGCUCAUCCUGCGAACUCGAUCUCCAGCUCCAGCUCCAGCGCAGCCCCUUCCAGGCAGCAGCCACCCCCUCAGCCAGCUCCUCCUCCCCCAGCCCCACAGCAGCCCCCUGCCACCUCCUCGUCAGCCCCACAGUCUCUCCCCAAAUCCUGCCUCUCAGGCUAUGGUUCUCCUGUGCCCUCAGUGAAGAACCCCACCUCUGCUCUUACUGGUCAGACUCCACCCCAACAACAGACACAGUCCUAUUCUCCUAAUCAGCCCCCCACUUCCCACCUUGCUCAGUCUUACGGAGGCUUCAGUUCACCACAAGCCCAAGACCUGAGCUCAGGUACGGGUGGGAAAGGUUAUGGGAGUUUAGGAGGGCGAAGCCAGUCUUACCCCACUGAUAUAUAUGGAGCUGACUCUGCUUAUGGAUCACUUCCAUCCUCUCUUGGUGGAGCUGGAAGCCCAUCAUUAGGCUACGGAGCUCCAGGUCACUCACCUGCCCUUUUACGGUCAAGCGGUUCAUCAGGAAGUGGAGCAUCUGCGGGAGGAAGCAGCAGCGGCACAGGAAGUGGGAACUCUGGGUCAGGAGGAGGAGCGGGAAAUAGUAUGACCAAUGAGAGAGGUGGAAGUGGUGGAGGGUCUUAUCAUAUUCCAGACUCCAGCCCCUCUCCAUCAGGAAACUCAGGCAUCAUCCGUCCAGGGUUGCACUCUCCCGUGCCUACCUGUCCCACACAAUCUCCAGGAGGUGCAGGCUCUAAUAAAUACAUCUCCUCAGUUCUCUCCCCCACCUUCCUCGCCUCCCCGCAGGGAUACCCCGACACCAGAGGCCCCAGCUCCCAACCUCAGUCCUAUCAUUCCACCUCCUCCAAAACAAAGGCGGACACUUCAAUGCUCGGAGUGGGCUCUCAGAGAUCCCAAGAGGAAGUAGACGACGACGAUGAGUUCUUGAUCCAGCACCUGCUGCAAGCGCAGGCAAGUCCCGCUCCUCAGGCUGGUCAUCACCAUCCUCAACAACAAUCACAACAGACGUCCCAACAAACACAGCCUCAGCCCCAGUCAGUGCCCUCAACCACUGAUUCAGGCAAAGGGCUGAGCUAUGACAUGGGUAAGAGCUCUGAGGAGAGGUACCACCCUCAGAGUGUCAUACGUACCCACAGUGCCACAUCUACUGGUAAUGCAGGGGCGGUUGGGUCCAUCUCAGGGCUGGAAACCCAGCUGGAGAUGUCACUAAAGAAACAACAACAGCAGCAGCAACAUCAACAACACCAUCAUCAACAGCAGCAGCAAAGGAACGAGAGGUCUGCUGGAAGCAGCCGGAGCGGUGGAGGGAGGGGCAGCGCUGAACAAGUGCACUCCCAUCUCCAUCACCAUGACAACCUAGGCUCGGUAGUCCACUAUGGGCGGGGUGACCCAUACAGUCAACACUCCCUUGCACCCCAACACUCCUCACACAGUCAGCACGUGUCCUCUCAUUCACAGAUACCGUCCCACUCCCAAAUGGAGCUCCAAAAGAAGCCACAGGACCGUGCUGAAAUUUCUUAUCCGCGCAAAACGCCGGAACUCCAGCAACAGCAUUCCCAGUCUCAAGCUCCUGCCUCCCUCAUGGACUCUCCCACUGAUCAAUCCCGUCAGCCACCACACCUGCUCCAGUCGGUGCUGUCCCACACCACCCGCAACAAACUGGAGCCACAUCAGCAGCACCACAAGAUGGAUUCUCACCAACAACACCAACACCACAAAAUGGACUCUCAUCAGCAACACCAACAGCAUCACAAAAUGGACUCUCACGCCCAACAGCAGCAGCAGCAGCACUCUAUAAGCCAACAGCAAGCUGUAAUGGAAGGUGGCGGUGGAACACUUGGCUCAAGUAAACAUCAGACUCAGUCUCAGUCUCAAACCACCCAGCUCCAACUUCAACUCCAGUCGCAGGCUAUGGAGGUGGCAGCGGCUCACUACAACCACGGGCCCCCUCCGCAUCAGCACGAGCAGAGCCAGGUCAAACAAAGCUCAGUGGUGUCUUCCUUGGACAUGCUCGAGCGCUCCCUCUCUCAGACCUCCAGCACAGACGUAGCUGUUGCAGAAGACCGACGCGGCGGAGCAGGUAGUGGGGGAAGGAGCGGCGGUAGCAGUGAGCGCCACAGGCAGCAGCAGGAGCAGCAGCAGAGGCAGCACCCAUCCCACCAUCACUCGCAGCAACACUCGGCCUCCGAGCUCCACUCCUUCCUCUCUGAGCCCGACAUCGGCUUAUCCACCCCGCCUCACAUGCACCAUCUUUCACAGCACCACGCGCAGCAGCACCAACAAACCCACUCUCACCACCCUCACCACAUACCCCCACCGUCUGCCUCGGCCCACUCCCAGCCUCAGCCUGACCCACAGCAGACAUCAUCCCAGCUCACCCCUCAGCAGAGCCAGCUGGACCAACAGCGCUCCGAGCAGCACCAGUUUGACAACGUCAGCCCAGUGGAGAAAUCGGACCAGAAUCAACAAAGCAACCGCUUCGUACCCUUAACUUCCAUCUGCUUCCCGGACUCCCUCCUUCAGGAUGAGGACCGCUCCUUUUUCCCAGGAAUGGAAGACAUGUUUUGUGCAGAGGACUACAAGUCGAGCUGUGCAGGACCGGGACAGGAGGAGAUGAAUGAGAGCCACACUGGGCAAGAGGGAAUGGAUUCCAUGAAAGCCGGACAAGGUGGAGGUGGUGCAGGGGGAAGUGGUGGAGGUAGCUAUGACAUAAUGGGACACCAUGGCGGAGAUCAGGGUUAUGAACCAUACUGUCACGGCCUGGAAGAGCCCAGCAACAACACCAUGACUCUGGAUCUAGACUCCCUUAAAACCCACGAGCUCCCUUCCACUGUGAACACUGAACAGCUGGGAUUAAUACAGUCCCAGGCCCCAGCUAUGGGUAUGGGCUCCAAUACUGCUGGUCCCAACUCUGGAGCCAAACUGUCCUCUGGGCCCGGAGGACCUAGCCAAGGCGCUGGUUCUGGAGGCCUCCAAUCGCCCAUUUUCUGCUCGUCUCGUCCCAAGAAGCUCCUCAAGUCCAGCUCCUUCCACCUGUUAAAGGAGCGUCGGGACCCCAAUACACUGCCUAAGAAAAGUUACGCUCAAGAAUAUGAGUUUGAAGAUGAUGAAGAUAAAGCCGACCAGCCAGCCGACAUCCGGUUGAACAGCCGGAGGCUCCCGGACCUUUUGCCAGACUUGGUGUCCAGCUGCAGAAAAGGAGGAGGGGGAAGUGGCUCUCUCAGCCCUUUAAUGGGUGACAUUGACUUCUACCACUCCUCUGGCUACUCCGCUAUGGGUUCACACUCUCUUCAGCCUCAGGAUGGACCCAAGAAGAGGGGCCGAAAGCCCACUAGACCCAAGAGAGAAGGUCCCCCGAGGCCAAGAGGCAGGCCUCGCAUCCGCCCCAUGCCUGAGCCUUUCACUCCACGAGGGAUGAUGGGGGAGAUGGGUGCUACAACAACAACAACAGGAGGUGGAUUCAAUGUGGAGGGACGAGGUAGGGGUAGGGGCCGUGGAAGCCGAGGUAGAGGACAAAGGAGGGAGGAUAUGUACAUGGAAAUGAGCGGGAAGGAGCAGGAUCAGAUGCACCAGCAUCACCUCAAUCAGCAGCAGCCUCAGCAGCUCCAUCACCAGCCCCAGCAGCAGAUACACGAGCCCAUUCCUCCUCUGAAGAUUAAAUUACCAAUUGGUACCCUGUCCUCCUCCGAUGCCUUGCUGAGGACGGACUCUUUGUCUGGCACUGACCCUGCUUUGUCGGACGGCUCAGUGGGCUCUGCUCCCUCACUUGGUUUAAGUCCUGGACCCCCCUGCAGCACUGAAAGCAACCGAAGUCAGGACAAGAACAAGCUGAAGAACCAGAUGAUGAGUGACGGAGUGGAUGACGAGGGACUGGAGGAAAGGGGCGAUGAGAAGGACUCUGAGUCCAAAGCCGGCUUUGUCGCUUCAUUCUUGGACUUCCUCAAGACGGGGAGGAGACCUCCAGGCUUGGACAUCUCACCAGGAAUGGAACAUGACAAUGGUGAAACCUCACCCUGUAAAGCGGGAGGUCUGCGCCCGAUGUCUCCCGGGCCUCCUCCACCGCCACCUGCAUUCGGGGACAGUGAAGGGAAUGGGGGUCUGACUCUGGGCAACUGCCCCAGCCCCAAACGCUUGGAAGAUGAGCUGAAGAGGAACCUGGAGACCUUGCCUUCGUUCUCCUCUGAUGAGGAGGACUCCGUCGGAAAGAAUCAGGACCUCCAGAAGAGCAUCUCCUCCGCCAUUUCUGCUCUGUACGACACUCCUCAGCUAAACUCUAACAUCCAGACCCCGCUACCUCCAUCACCUCUCCAGCCUCAUGCUAUCCACUCGCCACUUACUCCCACACUGCAGCCCCCCACGCUCAGCCCGCAGCCUACCAUGCAUACCCCUCACAACCUGCCCCAUUCCAAUGAGCCUGAUGUCCUCCUUCCAGAAGAAGGAGACAUGGAUGAGAACAAAGAGGAGGAGAAUGAGGAGGAGAGGAGCGCAGGAGGAGAUGAAGAGUGUGAUAUGACAGAGGAGAGAGAGCCACAGCUGGAAACCCUGGGUGCCCCCAGUCUUGAUUCGCCGCUCCCUGAGAUUCCUUCAGAGCCAGAAACUCCUGAACCUCCCUCCUUUCCUCAAUCUCCCGCCUCCUCCUCCUCUCCUUGUCACUCCCCCCUCCCUCCCCUCUCACUCCCCUCACCCCUGCCUCCUACCGAAGAGAAACAGCAGGAGAAUUCCCAGCCUCCCAGCCCUGUCGCUUCCACAUCCCCCUCUCCGUCAUCUCCCCCACCCGCUACUCUCCCUCAGCCUGCCACUCCUCCUCUUCCUCCUCCUCCUCCGACUUCCCCUCCUCCCCCUUCAAUUCAGAAGGAGUCUCCCAUGCCAUCUCCAGAGUCGCCCGCCUCUCCUGAAGAGCCCCCAGCUCCUAAGAUCACCUCCCUACACCUCGCCCAGAAGCAAGAAGAUGCCGCCAUCGCAGGAGAGAGUGAGGAGGACGAGAGUGAGAGUGGAGGCGAGGGCAUCUUCAGAGAAAGGGACGAGUUUGUUGUUCGGGUGGAAGACAUUCGAACUCUCAAGUUGGCCCUGCAGAUGGGCCGUGAGCCUCCACCCAUCUGGAGGGUGCAGAAAGCCCUGCUGCAGAAGUUCAGCCCAGAGAUCAAAGAUGGACAGAGACAGUUCUGCGCCACAAGCAACUAUCUUGGCUACUUCGGCGACGCCAAGAGGCGAUACCAGCGAAUCUAUGUCAAGUUUCUGGAGAAUGUCAACAAGAAGGACUAUGUCAGAGUCUGCUCUCGGAGACCUUGGCGCAGAGCCACACCUGCUCUCAGACGCCAGCCCCUCCCCAGAAUGGCUUCCCCUCCUACUGCCACCCAGGCCCCACCGAAAGUAGAGAAAGAGGAGAGAGUGGCUCCGCCAGUCCAGCGCGAGCAGAGGGAAAAAACAAGAACCACGACGACAAAAGAACAACGGGAGAAGAAGGAGGCUCCAGCCGCUGUUCCCAAAGCGAAGGACAAAGAGAGAGAGCCUGAGAAGGAGAGGGAGAAGCGAGUACAGUCGCAGCAGGACAAAGUGGAGAAACGUGCUGCAGCAGCAGAACGAGGCAGAGUGAAGGAGGAGAAAAAAGCGGUGGAGAAAAAGGAGAAGGCUGAGCGCCCACCCAAGUCCAAGCCAGCCAAAGUGAAGGCGGAGCCACCGCCCAAGAAGAGGAAGAAGUGGCUGAAGGAAAUACCUUCAUCAUCAGACUCGGACUCAUCGGAGGAGGCAGCCAGUGAGAAUGAGAUGCCAGUAAAAGGUGGAGUGAACAACCGUGCCAUGAGGGAGAUGUUCAGGAGCUACGUGGAGAUGCUGGUCAGCACAGCCCUCGACCCCGACAUGAUCCAAGCCCUGGAGGACACUGACGAUGAGCUGUACCUCCCGCCGAUGAGGAAGAUUGACAGCAUCAUCAGCGAACAGAAGAGGAGGUUGUUGAGGAGAGUCAGCAUGAGCUCUCAGCACCAGGAGUUCCUGCAUGCUUACCCCCAGAUCAUUGUAGACCCGCUGGACUCAGGAUCGGUGAAGGUGCGGCUAAGCGGGGAUGCUUACAACCGCAAGACCCUCAACAGAGUCAAAAAGACCCUGCCUAAACCACAGGACCUUAAACUGUCAGGGGAGACGUAUCGGAUCUACAGUCUCUUCCACUCCCUGCAUCACUAUAAAUACCACACCUUCUUACAGUGCAAGAAAGAGACCAACAGCAUUGAGCAGGCAGCUGAGGACCCGGGCCAAGAGGAGGUGGUGCAGCAGUGCAUGGCCAACCAGAGCUGGCUGGACACCCUCUUCAGCUCCUUCAUCGAGCUGCUCACGCUCAGCACCAAAGCCUGAGUCCACCACAAAAAGAGAGAGAGAUGGAGAGGGAGAGAGAGAGAGAAUGGAUUAAAGAGGAUUAAAAAUAAAACAAAAUGAAGAUACGAAAACGGAACGAGAUGGAUCCUACUGUACAGCCCCCCGACCCUCUUCAAAUCUCUAGGAUAUGAGGAUGAAUUUUUAAGGCCCGUGACGAACACAAGGGGGUCUGUUCAUGUGACCUCGGACACUGGCCUCUGUUCUUUUUCUUGUUGUUGAUCACUGACUAAAGAAAUGUCUUGCUUUGUGAGAAGGGGGGACCCCACCGGAUCAGGGGUCACUGAGGGGGUCAAGAGGGAAUUGACCGUUGGUGAAAAGGGAGCGACGCGAAGUGGAAGGACAAAGAAGAGGAGCCGCAACGCCAAGUCAACGGAGGAGCCACUGACAUCUUGUUAACUGUGUGUCAUGAAGACGAUAGUUCAAAGAGAAACUAUUACCACUUAGUUUUUACAUAAAUUAUUUUUUUGAAGACUAACAUCAGCUGUUGGCUUUUGAAAAGAGUGGAAGAGGGUGAGAAUGCUUUUUAAACUGCGUGUAGAGUGUGCCGUGAGCAGCGUGAACAUGGGACUCGUGCACGGAUAGAAACAUGAAAUGUGUUAAUAAACGCUCUCUCUCUCAUCCCGUGCUAAGUGAUGGGCAGCACCAGUCAGCUGUGUGAUAAUAUAUAAACACAUUUUUAUUAUUUAUAUGAGGAGGUUUUUAACUUAAACUCUCACAAGCGCUGGGAUGCUGCCCUGACAUUUUAAAUACCUUUUUAUUUUCCACAGAAUCAGUAUACAGUCAGUAACCCACAUAUCCGAGCCGUCUUCCCCCUCUAUACAAAAGAACAGACGUCGAGACAGAAAUAUCGUAUCAAAUACCGUGGGUGUAAAAUAACUGAGGAGAAAAAAAAAUAAGAAAAGGAAAAAAAGAGAAUGGGGAAAAUUUAUUUGAAACUUAACAUUGUUGUGCUUCAGUUCAAUCAUCAGUCAUGCAGGUGCAAAGAAAAAGAAGUAAACUAUCCAUUUCCCAUGUGGGAAGAAGGAGUAUAAAUAAGUAAUAUUUAAAGAGGAAAUAGUCAUUUCAUUUUUAUCAUUUUGAUGUUUGUGCAUACUAUGACUUAUUUUGAAAACAAUCUAAUUUUCCAUAAAAAAAGGAAAAAAAAGGCGUGUAAAUAUUGUACAGUUCUUGAUGAAAUUCUUUGUGCUUCUGUACAUUAACUCUCCUGUAUUUGAGAAACAAAUAAAAUCUGCAAAGAACAAA